ACAACACUCACAAUGCAAGUUUUCAACAAAGAACUUACAUAAGCAUAAGCAGGUUUUCGUGAUAAAUAAAAUUCACUUUGUUUAACGUCUAAUUAAAGAAUAUUUAGAAAUCGUUGCCUGAAUGGAAAUUAAAUAUUAAACCAACAGUGAAUAAACUUGCUCAGAACUUUCAAGGCAUUGGACAAACAUUUAAUGAAAUAAUGAAAGCAUAAACGCUAAGUACUUUCACGCGCACCGUUAAAACUAAAUCACGUGAUUUGUUUUGAACACUAUCCUUGGAUCUCUGUUGCUCCGGUCAAAAUCAUAAACGAUGAACAUUUCCUUUUGUGGAAGCGGAUUUCUAAGUAUAUACCAGAUUGGAUCUCUGAAAGCACUUCUCACAAAAGCUCCAAAAUUUGUGGCUGGCAUAGAGAAAGUAGGCGGGGCAUCCGGUGGUGCGCUGACAGCCGCCAUUCUUGUGUGCGAACCACACCGGGUCGACGACUGUAAACAGUUUACCCUGGAUUUAGCAGAAGAUGUUCGGAAGCGGCACUUACGAACGUUUUCACCCACAUUCCAUUUGUUGAAACCAGUCAAGGAAUUUAUGAAGGAUAUUGUGUCAGAAAACGCAUAUCAAAAAGCAAACGGAGUACUUCAUGUUUCGUUGAGUUUGCUUGAGAAGUUUCGUUUACCUCAGAGCCGAAUUGUGUCAUCUUUUUCAUCGAACGAUCAACUAAUUCAGAGCCUUAUAUGCAGCUGUUUUAUUCCCGGAUAUGUCGGAUUCAUCUUGCCUAAAUUGAACGGAAAGUACUGCAUAGACGGCGGCUUCAAAAACAAUCUGGUUGGUUUCCCCGACGGCCGCACCAUCACGGUCUCUCCGUUCAGCGGCGACCAGGACAUCUGCCCGAACGAGCAGACAGCAUCAUCGCUAACAGUGCGUAUGGCGAACCAAGCGUUUGUCGUGAACCGGAAGAACGUGAAACGCGCAUGGCAGUGUGUUUUCCCGCCACCGCGUGACGUGCUGUUGUAUUACUACGAUUUGGGUUACCACGACACCGUUCGCUUUCUGAGUAACAAUUAUAUAACAGAGUGAUAACGGUCUUAAUACAUGUAUUUAUGUGUUAUUUGUGUAUUUUUGUUAACAAAACGUCAGCUGGUUUUUAGAUGCCAUAUGCAUUUGCAGGAACCUUUAAUUCAGAAAUGAAUAACAGUGAUCUGGAAGACAUGUUAUGUAUGAACGUUUUUGUUGUUAAUUGCUUACGUGAACCGCUGAAUGUUUGGUUCAUGUAAAUAUAAUUAUAAAGAACUAGUUUUAAAGUUUAUGUUUUUACCAAAAACUCAGAGAAUGUUACUUGUUGACAUUGUAAUUUGAAAAGCAUGUGGCUCACUCAUUACAACGAUACCUCUG